GAAUUUGAAAAUCCUUAUGAUGGACACCCUCAUCUCUCACCUCUACAAGCGCAGUUACUCGGGGAGUACGCCAAGCUUAACCAUGCUCUUAAAUCGCUGUCCACACUAACAAAGGAAUUGAACGAUUUGCCGACGGACGCACUCAUCGCUCAGUUGCGGACACUAGAGCGUCAGAUGGGGCUCGUUUUAACUUUGGUA